AUGUUUAAUAUAUUGUUUUUAUUUUCAAUAUUUUCCCAAACAUAAAUUUCAAUAACAAAACAACUUCGAAUUAAAAAGAAUUUGCUACAAACAGUCAUAGAUGAUAGAUGUUAUAUAGGAACAUAGGAAUAAUUUAAUUUCAUUGAAUCAUCAUUAAAAAUAUCAUUAUCUAGAAAUCAUAAUUUAGUAAAGGAUUGUAUGAAUUCAAUAUUAUAACUUUGGGAAAUAUCAGAAACAUUUUAAUAUGGAAAUUGGUGUGGCAAAAAUUAUGGGGGGUUUAAUAAUAAUUGUAAAGAAUUUUGUAAAGAAAAUUUAUUUGAACCAACUGAAGAUUGUCAGAAAUGCAAUAAACCAAUAGAUUGGGUAGAUGAACAAUGUAUGUAUCAUGAUUUCUGUAUGACCAGAUUUUAAUCUAUGGGUAUUGGUUACGGAAUGGCUUGUUCAGAUUCUAUAAAUUUAGGUAAUCCAUUUCCAUCUCCUUGUAAUUGUGCACAAAAUUUAACAGAGCAUUUAAAGUUAAAUUAUCUUCUUGAUAAAUGUUUUUUAGAUGUAGAAUGUCAAAUGAAUGGAGAAAUUAUUUAAAAUUUUUUCAAUAGUGAAUUACUAAAAUGUUCUUGCUCUUAUGUAUAAUGCAAUAAUAAUACUAUUGAUUCCGAUGGAAAUCCUAUCAUUAUUGAUGAACCAUUAGAAUGCUGGAAUGCAACAGCUUGUUUAAAGUCUGAAUAAUGCACCAGUUUAAAUGGUGGAUGA